AAAAUGGCAUUUUAGGCAUGUCCAGCUAAAUCACAAAACUACGUCUCCCAUAAACAGACGGGUUUGCAGUGUUGUCAAACGAUAACCUGGGUUGGAACUGCAAUAGCUCUGCAACAACUCCCUGUAACAGCCUCCUCGUCGUGGGGCUCAACACACCGAUUUUAACUGUGUAUUUCUGACAGCGGACAAAUGUCAGAGACAUCAAGUGAUGCAGAGUCGUCCUGUGGCUGGACCAUUAUCAGUAAUGAGGGUUCAGAUAUUGAGAUGUUGGCGGCGGAGGCUGCAGUGGAAGAUGGAGCCGAGCUGUUGGCGCGCCCUGCAGCAGAGGAACUAGAGCUGCAGGAUAAACAGGCCUCAGUCUCUGCUGCUCAGUGUGUUGAAGAAAAGGUUGCAGAAUCACUUGAUGAAACUCUGAAAGAACAAACCGUAGAUGAGACGGUGUGUCUCUCUGAGGACGGACAUAGCUUCACAGGGAAACAGUAUGUGCUGUCCUCCAGCGAUCACUCUGACAUUGUGACACUGGGAGACUUGAAGGAGGACGAUCCCGCUGAGGUAGAGGAGGAGCUGGCUGCCAACAGGGAGUCUUACCUCGGCACCUCCUGCAGCAGCCAGUACGCCUUCACUGCCGCCGAGACUGGUUUGAUAUUGAGUCAUUGGAGUCUUCCACAGAGUCUCCUGAACUUAGGCUGUCAUCUGAGAAGGCAGCUCACUGGAGGCCGCUCUUUCAAAGUUUUCCCAGGGCAGCCGCCUGCAGGGACACACUCCAGCAGCAGCGAGGACGAGGAAGGGCCCAGCACUCUUGUCCGAAGACGAAGGUUGAGGAAGAACACUACGGGCAGCGUGACAGAGCCUGAGGAAGAGGAGGUGCUGGAGUCCGGCCAGAGUGAGGAGGAGCAGGAGGAAGAGGAGGUCAAAGCACAGCAGCAGCAGCAGCAGGAGGAAGAUAAGGCUGAAGAUCUUGCUGUCCCAAUGAAAUGCAUGGGCAGCAUCAUCCUCAACAGCUGCAUCCUGAUCGCCCUGGUCAUAGCCAUCAGUAUGGGCUUUAGACACUUCUAUGGUACAGUCCAGAUUGAAAGAAGGCAGAUACCAGUGGCUCAACUCAGAGUGAAAACACUCGAUGUUGUGAGGGAUCGGAAUCAACGGCAUGUUCGAGAACAACCUUUUACAAAUCAGGGCCAGAUUAUUGACUUUGGAAUGGAUGUCCUGGAUCAGCAUGAAGAGAAUUCACUGCUCACAGAGCUGAUUGAGAAGAUUAAGAAAGAGAACCAGGAGCUCAACAUCAAACAGGGUCACACUCAGGCCCAGAGAGACGAGCUGGAGAUGUUGCUGAGACAGAAGGCCGAGGAGCAGACUGACAUCCUGUCUGAGCAGCACCUGUUGACAGCGGAAAACACUCUGCUGAGGAACUCCCUAAAACGUAAAGAAGAGUCUCUAGCCACCCUGCAGGAGGAGCUGAAAAAGCUCAGAGAUCAGGAGGCGAUGAGAGCCGGUGCCGACUCGCUGCUUAUUGAAAACCAGAGGUUGAAAGACGCGCUGGAGGGGGAGAAACAGCUGAUCCACAGCUUUCACAGCCAGAGGGCAGAUAUGAUGGCUGAAACACAGACACUGAAGAAGAAGCUCAACAAGCAGACAACAGUUACAGACGAGCUGAGGAGAGAGUUAAAAGAGCUGAGAGGUCUCUUUCCGAGAGCCGAUAGGGAGACUGUUCCAGAGGCAGAGGAGCUCCAGUCUCGUCUGAUGGAGCUGGAGAAGAGACUGAGCUUCGAGCAGCAGCGCUCUGACCUGUGGGAGAGGCUGUACGUGGAAACCAAAGAAGACAGAGCCAAAGGAGACACAGAGCCCAAAGUCAAACGGAAAAAGGGGGGCAUGUCAGGAAAGGUUAAAGAGACAUUUGAUGCUGUGAAAAACUCCACCAAGGAGUUUGUCCAUCACCACAAAGAGCAGAUAAAGAAAGCAAAGGAAGCCGUGAAGGCAAACCUGAGGAAGUUUUCCGAUUCCGUCAAAACAACUUUCAAAAACUUCAAAGACUCUGCCUCGACCCUCUUUAAAAAUGCCGGAGGCUUUUAUGAUAAGAGACGUGGUGAGAAGAACACUAAGGAGUCGUGGCAGCACAGAUCCCAGCAGCCUUAUAACACACACCAGCGCAAAUACCCCGAGAGCAGCCACAACACUCGGAAAUCAGGAGAGAAGCUUCACAGAGCUGGAGGUCAGGACGCCCACGAGGCUAGGUUCAAAGGAUGCUCGGACGUUUUCGACUGCGCCUAUCAGGAGUCCCAGAGUCUCUUCGACAAAGCCAUGGAUCCAAUCAGAGCAGACGAGUUCAACCAGCUGCUGCGGAGCUACCUGCAGCAGGAAGUCGACCACUUCCACCACUGGAAAGAGCUCGAGAAGUUCAUCAAUAACUUCUUCCACAACGGCGUGUUCAUCCACGACCGGAUGCUUUUCACGGACUUUGUCAGCGACGUGGAAAACUACCUGAGGGAAAUGCACGAGUAUCAGGGCCUCCAUAACGACGUGUUCCGAGAUCUUGAUGACUACGUGUACCGGCACUUCUUUGGAAAAGGUGACAGAAAAAGCUAUGGCCCAAACGGGCCGUUUGAAGGACCCGACACAGACUCCAAGGAAGCGAAGGCCAAAAAUCAACAACGGAAGCAUCAGAGAGCCAGACCUCGAGCACACAGUGAGCGCAAGUGGAGCCGAUCAGGAAGAGACACAGACCAACACAUGGCCGACGUCAAAAUAGAACUGGGUCCGCUGCCGUUUGAUCCCAAAUAUUGAUAAUAUAUUUUAUUCUGAGUUUUGAGUUGUAUUUACCUGCAAUGUCCACUUUUUGUUUGCACAAUGUUAACUUUUUAAUGCUACUGAACUUCCUUGAGCUGUUAGCUGUUUUGAAGUAGCCGUUAUGUUUGAGUUUAAGAUGUGUCAUAUAUGAGAGCUAAAACACCAUUAACACUCACCUUCAACCACAGCACAUACUUUUAGAAAUGCUGAUCGGGAAUGCAAUGCCUGUUUUAAGAUGGAUGUUUGUAACUAUUUGUACGAGUUAUUUGAGUUUGGUGCGUGAGUGAGUUUGCUUUUAUGGUAAAGAUUUAAUGUUCUAACAUUCCACAUGAAGCCUAUUUUUACUGGAGCUGAGAAUUGUAUUUUAUUUUAUUUUUCUUUUGUUUAAAGUGUUGGGAAAGAAAUUACUGGAAGCCAAAAAUGACACACCAAAUUUAUUUCGGUGGCAAUUCCAUGUCAUGACAAUCUCAUUGAGGAUCCAUUGUUCAGUGUCUGUCAGUGCCUUUCAUAAAUAAAGAUGCUCCCUCCAA